AAACAGCGAGAGGCGUCCGCGCCGCGACCGCUCACCGCCGCCAGCGCUGUCAAUAAACUUGCCACACGACUCACGAGCCUUCAGCCUUCAUUAUGUACGCUAACAAUUUUAGUCGACCAUUACUCGUUCCGUGAUGUAUAGGUAGGUAAUGUAAUACCCGUAUUGAACACUCGUAUAACCUGAUUUAGCGCCCCAUCGACAUGGCUUCGAAUUCGGACUCAGCCGAAUUUGAAAUAAUUUUUGUUGGAGGGUCAAGAUCAUGAUUAAAAUUAUUUAGAUCCGCGUUUGUGGCGCUCGGUGAAAGUGGUAAAUGCGAGCACUCGGGCAGCGGCGCGAGACGUGCGCGGGCGCUUGUGUAGUCGAUCCCAACGUGGCGUAAAAAUUCGAAACCGAAACAUAUUGUAAAAAACAUACUCGUGCCGUACAAAAAAGUUACUUGAACGUGUACCGUGAACGCAUGUGGUUUCGUCGCCAAUGUGCGGUUCACCAUGUGAUUCGGCGACCACGAAAUGUUGUGCUAAAAAUAUGCUAGAUUGUCGUGGAAGACGAGGCAGAUAGAGUAGAUGGAAUGGCGGACGAUGCGCUGGCGAGCGUGGAGCCCACGAGCCUGGAGUACAUGGAGGACCCGUACUUUGUGGCUCCGGAGAACGACUCGACGCCGAGCUUCGACGUUGCCGUAGACGAAUUGGAGGACCUCGACGAUGUAGCCGCCUGGCCCCAGGAGGACAUAGAGGGAGAUUGGAAGGCAUUACCAGACAUCGCGGAAUCCGCUCUGUGUAUAGAAACUGAAUUUUAUAUGGACAACCGUCGCCGGAGACUUCGUAUUUUUAAGAAGAAAAUGCGUGAGGUCCGAGUCACAUUUCAAGAUUUAUCAAAGCCAUAUCUUGCCAAAGUGUCCAGUCACACGAACUAUAAAAAGUUCCUCGGUAUCACGCCAGGCUCUGCAGCCGAGGAAGUGACCGCCAACUCCGGCGCCGGGGACAUCCACACCCCGGACGAGCUCGCCGGGUUGACGCCUGAGCAGGCGGAGCAGCUGCGGGCCGAGUGGAGCCGCGAGCUUGCCAGGGUUGAGGAGGAGAUUGCGACGCUGCGCACCGUGUUGCAGAGCAAAAUUCGCCAGAGCUCGGAGUUGAAACGCAAGCUGGGGAUCACAGUGUGGAAGGAGAUUACCGAAGACGUUAACCAGGGUAUAAAGAAUGUGAAAGAAAGCCAUGUUUACAAAACGGUAGAAACUCGGGUGGCUGCGCUUACACAGGCUGUAACUGAAUCACCCAUAUACCAAAAAACCGAAUCUGUGAUAAAGACGACGGCGGAGAAGACGACGUCGAUAUUCGGCGGGAUAACGGCCGGCGUGACCAGCAAGCUCGGCCAGAUGCGCAACUCCGAGUCCUUCCGCUCCAUAGAGGAGCGCGUCGGCUCCGCUUACGACAAUGUCAAGGGUAAAGUAACAUCUCGCUCGAGUUCGACGCAGAGUUUCGACGAGGCACUGCGCGACAGCCGCGUCGCGAGCGGCGCCACCUCGCCCACCAUCCCCGAGGGCAAACCGCUGCCUUAGUGCCGCUACAAGUUACACCUAGCCCACUAGCGAGCCAGACCUGUAACUGACGACCUGUGACCAAACAAAUACGGCUAACCUACAAAUAGUGACCUAAAUGCGAUAAACUUUAACUAAUCUGCUAUGCUUUGCUGUUUAGUGGUGUGUUGAGUUAUAACUUUUACAUAAUAUGAUACUGAAUGUACCGUAACUUCUUGGUGGAAAUU